AUGGCACUCGCACCCAUGGCCGGCUCUCAACCCGCCUUGACGGUCCAUUCAUUCAUGAGGUGGUCCUGGAUCUAUUGGAAUUUGCCCGACCGUAAGUGGACCAUCACGACGAAGGCCGAUGUGGUCAGGGAAACGUGCCGACACCCUGACCGAUGCCAUGCGACCUGGGCGCCCUCGGACGUUCCCAGGAAGGAGCAACAGAACCCCGAGCUGAUACGAAGACUACAGGGCCACGAUGAGGAGAUUAGCUACAUCACUCCAGACGCGCUUUUCCCUGACGAAGUGAAUCUAGCUUCACUGUCGCUCUAA